CUAUAGACCAAAUUAGAAGAGAUCCCCUAUAACCUUUUUUCCUGGUUUAGAUUCCUUAUGUUGAGUUCUCCAACAGAAUUUUGAUCCUGUGGUUCCAAAUGAAGCGAGUCACUCAUUUUCUCACCUUUAUGGCUGAUAACUAGAUUCGCCAACUGGCUUUCUUCUCUUUCUAUCUCUGCCUUACACCUCUUUUCUACCUCCUUAUAAGUAGUCCUCAUUUCAGACAAAUUCCACAAAACAAACUAAAAGCCACAAGCUCCUUGCCACUUCUCUUAAUAACCCACCUGAGCCUCCUGCCAAGUUCUUUCUUCAAUCUUCUUUCAAGUUUAGUCUAAAGCAACCUAAUCAUACAAAUCUAUUCAAUGGCAUCAAACUCUAUUAGCUCAAGCAGGAACAUAAGUACUUCAUCAUGGACAGCAAAACAGAAUAAGCAAUUUGAAAGGGCACUGGCGUUGUAUGACAAAGAAACCAAAGAUCGUUGGCAGAAUGUUGCUAGGCUUGUGGAUGGGAAAUCAGCAGAGGAUGUCAAGAGACACUAUGAGAUCUUACUCGAAGAUCUCAAUCGAAUUGAAGCAGGACGAGUCCCCUUUCCUAACUAUAGGCAACCUCCUGGAAACGCCUUGAAUUUCAACGAUGAACAAAGGCAGUUGAGGUAUCUAAGGUUGCAGUGAAGUCCUAACUGGAAGAACAACAGCUAUGGUUUAGGCCUGGAACAGCCUCCUAUGUCUUUGCUUUUAUCUUUUUCCUGUGACUGCAAUCCAAUUGGUCUUUUUUGACCAUGGGUUCUGUAUCAAUGUGUAUCAUAAACUUAUGAUUCCCAUAAUCUAAUUUUAUGAAUUUUCCCUUAAAAAUUUUGUCCAUUUUAAGGACCAUGAUAAAAGUUAAUCAACUCCAAACCUGAGGGAAAAGGGAUCCUAGUGGAAAAACUUUCUUUUAUCAUCUCAACAAUUGUUUUUGAUUUCAGAGUACGAUAAAUCUCCUAUAGGUAAGAAGUUAGGGGAAAUGAUUGUCUUGUAGUCACUGAGAAUUGAACCUCCUCGGUCACAAGGGCAAUAAGAAAAGCUUAAAAGUCUUUUAAAAAAUAUGAGUUAGUCUAGUGAUUGUGAAAACUUUCUCUUUCACCCUGUUGACAAGAGAUUGUGUUCUCACUUCCUAGAGGAAAGAAAUAACUCACCCUACCUUCUUUCUUCAGUCUUACUCUUCUAUCAAAAAAGACAAAACCUUUAACCACCAGAGAAAAUUACCGAUUCACAACAAAUUAUUUCAGCGGCUACUUAACCAAACACUAAACAAGACGGUUUAACCAGUACUCAACCAUCUAAUUUUGCAAAAUAAACUUAAUUGUCCAACUAGCUAUUUUACCAAGCAUCUCUAUAUCUGCCACUCUCAUUUUACAACAGAGUUGUAUUGUUUUGUUAAGAACAUAAAGAAUAACAGGUCAUGCUAGAACAAAG